AUGCAGAGAACCUGGAUUAGGAAGUGGAAAGUCACGGUUGUCCUGUUGAAAGGCUCUUCUGAAGAGCCUUUAGGACUUCUGGUGAAUCCCAACCUGUACCAGUCCCCUCCCCAGUGGAUAGAUCAGACGGGUGCAGCCUCACAGAAGAAGGCUUUCCAUUCAGCAGGAUCAGGACUAGAGUUCAGCUCAUGUCGGCAUCCGUUUAGAAUCCAGGACCAAGAAUUUCAGGAAGGCUUUGAUGGUGGCUGGUGCCUCUCUAUGCAUCAGCCUUGGGCUUCUCUGCUUGUCAGAGGGAUUAACAGGGUGGAGGGCAGAGGCUGGUACACCCCACAUAGAGGGCGACUUUGGAUAGCAGCCACAGCCAAAAGACCCUCUCCUCAAGAAGUUUCAGAACUCCAGACUACAUAUCUCCUCCUUCAUGGGAAAGAUGUGGAAUUUCCCAAUGACUAUCCAUCAGGUUGUCUUCUGGGCUGUGUGGACCUAACUGACUGCUUGUCCCAGAAGCAAUUUAAGAAUCAGUAUCCAGACAUGAGUCAAGAAUCUGAUUCUCCAUUUGUUUUCAUCUGCACAAAUCCCCAGGAAAUGAUUGUGAAGUUUCCUAUUAAAGGAAGUCCAAAAAUCUGGAAACUGGAUUCCAAGAUCCAUCAAGGAGCAAAGAAGGGGUUAAUGAAGCAGAAUAAAGCUGUCUGACCCAGGAAAAAAGGAACUAUACAGCAUAGUGGAGUUUUGUGUACUAAAAUUGCUAUCCACUGGUCCUUUGGAAUUGAAGCAGUAGACAUCUAAAGGCUUGGCAUCAGGCUUGAACCUCUCAGAAUUUAAACUCAUCAAAAUCUGUAUAUUUUUCUUAAAGAGUGGGAUUCUUACUUUAUGUAGUGGGUCAAAAAUCUUUGGAUACAUUAUUUAU